AUGCUCGAAAGCUGUUCGAAAGUCAUCGUGAUCGAGGAUUGUGAUGUCCUCACGUUCAAGGCCUUCCUGCAGUUCAUCUACACCGAUUGCCUGCCGGAUGCAGGGAACCUCCUUUGGAGCGCCACCUCAAGGAAUUCGGGGAAUGAGAGUGGUGGCCUGCAGCUGUCGCAGAGUCAGGCGCUCUUGGCCGUGAGUCACAAGUAUCAGGUCAAGAGGCUUCAGCUGUGGUGCGAGGCCAUGCUUGCCAAGGAAAUCAGUAUUGAAGAGGUCUGUGGCAUCCUCUGCCAAGCGCCUCUGCUUCAGGCGAAGCAGCUCGAAAGGGCUUGUCUCUCGUUCAUCAAACAGCACGCAGGCCAGGUGCUCACCCUGCCGGCCUACGCUGAUUUGGUCAAGAAGUGGCCUCAGAUCGGGGUAAAGGUCAGCCUGUUCUCGUCGGGCGUGUCGGAAGCAGAGGCACUGGCUGCCGUAGAUGCCUUGUAA